AAAACUUUCAGCAAAUUUAUCCAAAUUGCGCUCAGUUCACUGCCUUAUUUCACCUUUUGUGACUGUCGGUUCAUCCCAGGGAAAAUGUGAAUUGUUAUACUGAAUAGGUUAUUAAAGUUAUUUACGAACAAUCACCAAAAGACAAUUCAGAGAAUGGAAUUUCCUUUUCCACAAAUAAUCAUCUGUGAACAGCUAAGCAAUCAAUACAAGGUCAUCAAAAUAGGUCAACCAAGUUACAAAGUGAUAACGACUAAAGGCCAAACUCAAGGUCAUCAAAAAUUACCAAUUCGACACACUGAAGAAUCGAUUGUGCAGAGCACUGAAGAAGACAAUAUUAUUCAUCCAGCUUUGGAUAUUUUACUUAACCUGGCAACUGAUUCGAGGGUGUAUAGAGGAUAAACUACCACUUUCAUACAUCUCCACAUCCACUCAUCAGUUCACCUGUUCUCCUUGAGCUAGUUUCAUACGUCACACAAAGUAUGUACCAUCUAAACGCAUCUCCAAACAGUGUACUCCAUGCGUGUCCAAGGAAGAGUGUAGAGUUAUCAACAACCACAUUCUUAACCAUUCCAUUAACUCUGGUCACUCUACUACACAAGACCCCCUUUCAAAAUCAUUCACAAAGUGAAAUCAAACAUUUGGGAGGAGUGAACAUUUGCCACCAAAAUACACAAGAGGCCUUGACAAUCCGGUGGUUCCAGCCUGAUUUUUGAGUUCAAAAGUGAUAAACUGGAUCUCAAAUUUUACCUUGGUUGUGAUCUCCCUGAGGUCUGUUAUCACUCCUAUAAUUUAUCGAGUUUUACUGGUGGAAGAACAACAGGAUGUCCACAUUCCUCCAACCGUCAAGUUUAUCACUCCAAAUAAUGUUUAUCAUAUUCUGGUUUAUAACUCUUGUCCUACAGUUAAAUUUUCAGUAUAUUCUUUGUGCAAAAUCAUCUCAAACUAGUCAUUUUACUGUUAAUUUUAAUAUACUUUCUCGUAUGAAACGUAUGAGUGGUGAAAUUUCGAAUCCAGACAGUCCAAGUUCAUCUACUGUUGUGAAUAUUUUUUAUCGUAUUCGGGCUGAUCGGAAGGGUUUAAUUACAUGUGAAGUAAAUUUGAAGGAAGACGAUCCAGUUGAUUCCAACGCAAACACAUCCAAUCAAACUAAAUCAUCCUCUGAUUCAAUGUCACAGAAGAAACCUACAAGUACAUUGUAUCUGAUAUGUCCCCAACUUCCAACAUCCAUUUGUUACAUGGACUGUAAUCCAAAUUGUCUGCUGAAUGAACAUGGUUGUUCAAUACCACAUAGUAUAUCACAAGUUAUUGAAGGUUGUCAAUUUAAACGUCUUAGUGUAAACACAUUCCAAUAUCAAUAUAUUAUUAAUAUGGAAAAACUAGACAAUACAGGUUUAUGGAACUGUGAAUAUCGUGGACAACGUGCAGUCAGAUCAUUGGAAUUACAAGCUGCAGAAUUUUUACCAAUAAAUGUAACUGACAAUAAGAAUAACAAUAAUGUCGACAAUUCAAUAAAACUAAAUCUAACCAGUAAAACAAAUUAUUCACUUCAGGAUAUCCAGAACCAUUCAGAAAUCGAUAAAUUAAAUUCAAUCAAAAUAAAAGAUAAGACAAAGGAUACUCAACAAAAAUUGAAUAUUUCAGUUAAAAAUAAUACGACGGUUAAAUUUCAGAGCAAUUUAUCUAAUCCUAUUGAAGAGUGGAAGUAUCAUACUGUAGAAAAAAGUUAUUUUCGUUCAGCCCAAAGGCAUGAAAACAGUCCACUUCUUGAAUUUAAAUUGACUCGUCCAGAACUGGUUCUCAGUUUAGUUGGAAUAUUAGCUAUCUCCCUGGUUGUCAACAUAGUGCUAAUAAUUCGAUGUGUACUGCUUAAAAGUUAUCUGGAUAAUGCAAUUCAGGGGAAAUUAAGCUCGAAUCUAAAGUGUUUACUAUGUCUACGUUCAAAAUCAAAUCUUAAAAGGUUAAACACAAUGGAGAAGUCAUUGAACCAAUCAAAUCACCAACCUAUUCUGAUGACUUCAUGUCAGGUUGGUCAGUUGAUUGAGCCGAAUACAAGUUUCAUGAAUUAUUCGACGCAGUUUGAUGAUAAUCUAACUGAAUCAAUUCUACUAUAUCAAAAUAAACCUGACAAUUUUACACCUAAUGACAAUAAUCGAUUAUUACCAGUGAAUACAGGCAUCAUCCUUUCAAAUCUCUUUCAACCAACCAUGUCGACUACAUUGACAAAUACAACAUCAACAACAAAUGGAUCAUUUGUGACAACUACUCCUGCAUUACACCACUUAGUUAAUGGUCCUUUGACAAUGACUAAAAGCGAUUUACUAAAGUUUCACGGACAGAAUGGUCAAAGUAGUUCAGGUGUUUCCUUAGAAAGUGAUCCGAUUGGUAACAAACGUAUAAACCUGUUUCACUCACAGUCUGUUAACUAUUCUAAAUCAUCAAGCCAUCAAGUCCAGUUACCAGAAUAUAGUUUUCAAAAUGGGAAUACUUGUGUGAUUGGUCAAAAUGGUAGUCUGAAUGGUUCUUUAAUUUACUCGAAUGAUUCAAUAAGCCUAACAGAUAUAACAAAUGGGAAUGCUGUAGUAAAUCCUAAUCAUGUAAUCUUAACACAGAACCCUCUAUCAGCUUAUCUAAUGCAAUAUGGCUGUUCAGGUGAACAGUCGGAAAAAACUGCACGAAGAUAUGGGCGUCAGCAGCAGCAACAACAGUCACAGCAUUUCUAUUCAGAUGAUUAUGGACGAAAUCCCCAUCCACAUAUUUCCUCACAAAUUACUCAUUCAGAAGGGAAAUCGCCGCGACUUCGAAAUGAUCAUCCUCACUCCAGAAAUAUGGAUAAUGACGAAACAUGCAAUCUAAUACCUGAAAUGCAUACUAAUCAAGAUUUUCAUGCGUAUACAUUUAGAAACAGUUCAACAAUUGACUCUUUAUCACAUGAUACAAAUAACUCGGUAAGCCAUCUAGACGAUAGUUUAACACUACAAUCAAAUCAAUUAUCUUCAUGUCUAACUCCACUAGUGGUUCGUUUCCCAUCCGGCGAGUCAGGUUUCCUGUUCUGUCCAGCCCGUACAACCAAUGAUACCUAUCAGUCUGAAAGUUUAUCACGUCGGUCAAAUCAUAUUUCCAUUAUCAGUAAUUAUAUCACAAGGCCUAUUGAUAAAGACAUAAAAACAAGUAAUCCCUUUAUUGAGGAAAAUUUGAAUGUAAACAUAGAUUGUAUUAAAACUAAUUUAGAAGCUAUAAGGUUAGAAAAUUUAUAUGACUCAAGUCACUUAUCUCAAAACUCUGAUAACGAGACAAAAAUCUCAUUUUUACCUGAUAACACUAGACCACAAUGUUCAAUUUCUGGGAAUAUAGCCGAAUCAAUUCAUACCAAUUCAUCUGAAUAUCAUCAAAAUAACAAGCCACAGGAUAUACGCAAAACAUUAAACAUUAUUUCAACAGAUCACGAUUCAUCAUUUAAGCCUUCGCUUAGUCAAUGUAUCAACCCUAAAGAUGUUGAUGAACGAGAAAUAAAUGGUUCUGAAUCUGUUUCUCAAAAAAAUAUUCCUAAAGUAUGUGAAUCUAAUCAUUUUUCAGGUAGUUCUGAUGAUGCUUUGAAUGAAGAAAAAAGUGUUCACAAACUGGUUAUGAAUUCUAAAACAUUUCCAGUAUGCUAAAUUUCUCACUUUUUUUUAUUGUACAUUUUAUAUCUUAAAAUUAUCAAUUAACUAACCACUUUACUUCAGAUUUUAGGAAAUAAUUAACAUGCUACUCUCAAAUUAAACAGUAACUCAGUUUGAUUAUAAACUUUCUGAUAAUGCCUAACUAUAUAUACUUUUACAUUAUCAGUUGUUACUUUGACAGUCAACGGUUUAUACAGUCGUAUGAGUAGUUAUUAGCUAAACUGUAUUGAAUUUCAUCUUUAAUUAUAAAAGCGAUAAUGUAUUAUAUGUUAUGUUUUAUCAUGAAUAAAAUUCAUUUUGAUAGUUUUUUUCGGUUG